AUGAACUGCUUUAGGGUAACUUCACUGAUUUGUCUUAAUAUUGUUUUGUUCAGUUUAGGAGAGACUGUCAUAAGUAAUGCCAAGCCUUGUUCAUCUAAGGGCACAAGGAGUGUUGGACCUGUGGAAGAAGCACUCAAGGCAGAAGAGAAAAAUAAAUCUGCAGAUAUUUCAAAACAAAAAGAACAAUGCCUUGUACCUUGUGAUGUUCAAGCUAAAAUUUUACGAGGGGAAAAACAUUACAUGUGCAGGAAUUUGCAGAACUCUCUUGUUGAAUAUGCAAGAAGUACCAAAAAAAUGGUAAGAAACAUGAUGGAUGAUCAACAGUCUUCUUUGGAUUACCUUUCUAAUCAGGUAAAUGAACUCAUGAACAAACUUGUGCUUUUGAAUGCAGAGGUUUUGAGAAAGCAUUUGGAUACACUUCCUUACAAAGCAGUUCAAUCUCAUGGCUUGGAUUGCACUGAUAUUAAAGAUACCAUUGGUUCAGUUUCAAAAACUCCGACUGGUCUGUACAUUAUUCAUCCAGAAGGAUCAAAUUAUCCUUUUGAGGUUUUGUGUGACAUGGAUUUUCAAGGAGGUGGAUGGACUGUGGUUCAGAAAAGAACUGAUGGAAUCAUUCCAUUUCAGAGAACAUGGUCUGAAUAUCUGGAUGGAUUUGGGGAUCUUUCUGGGGAAUUUUGGCUUGGACUGAGGAAGAUUUUUCACAUAGUGAAUCAAAAAGCCACUAGUUUCAGUCUUUAUGUGGAUUUGGAAUCAGAAAAUGACAAGCAUGCCUAUGCAUCAUAUGAUGGAUUUUGGAUAGAGGAUGAAGCAUGUUCUUUUAAGAUUCAUUUGGGGCGUUAUUCAGGAAAUGCUGGUGAUGCAUUUAGAGGCUACAGGAAAGAAGACAAUCAGAAUUCAAUGCCUUUCAGCACAUUUGAUGUUGAUAAUGAUGGAUGCAGGCCAACAUGCACUAUUAAAGAACAGCCUGUAAAGAGCUGCAGUAACUUCAGUGAUAACACUGGAUGGUGGUUCAACCAGUGUGGCCUUGCAAAUCUUAAUGGUGUUCAUCGCUACACAGGUAGAUUUCUUGCAACUGGGAUUCAUUGGGACACAUGGACAAUGAACAAUAAACCAGUCCAAAUUAAAUCAGUUUCAAUGAAAAUCCGGAGAGCUUAUAAUCCAUAUUUCCAUUAACCUAUGAAAACAGAAAUAUAUCUCUACUUGCAGCUAUGUGGGAUAAUAUAUAACUGCAUCAUAAAUACCUUUCCUUUUCACUUGAACAGCUGAGUCUUAAAACUUUAUUAGAUAUUUCCAUACUGCAGUUACUCAUUUUUAUUAUGAAAUGUGAGCAUCUGUAGUGUUCCCGCUUGAGUAAGAAGGUCCUAAGAAGGUCCUUGAGUAAGAAGGACAGGGUUUUCAGAAAACGGAUGAAGCUUAGUGUUUGUCAGCUUUUUUUCAACUACUUCUGAUGCAAUCUUAGAGCCAGUGGAAAAAUUAUGAAAAGAAUUGUAAUGCUGAUUUUUGAAUGUGUUUUUCCUAUGCUCUGCAUAUCUGAAUUGCCAAGAAAUUUCAGCAAAUUUGCUUUUAAAAAGUGAUAUACUUGCCAUUUCCAUCAUAUUUUGGAAAAAUGCCUUUUCUUCACCUUAGAUUAAUUUUCCCAAAUCAGCUGCUCUUUCUAUAUUCCCUUCUCAGGCAAGAUAACGCUGAUUUAUUUCAACCCACAUAUCAGGUUCUGUAUCCUCUCAGGGCCUGAUUUUUAUCCAAGUAUGGUAGCUACUGAUAUGCAAGAACUGCUUUGUAUUUCAUUUUCACAGUCAACUGGUUUCAUAAUCAGAUUUUCAUCUGUUUCACCAUUUGCUAUAAAUGAACCCUUUUUCAAGGAAAAUGUAUGACAUUAUAUAUAAACUUUGGAGUUUAAAUUUUUGGAUAUAUGGGCCUGAUGUUCUUCAUUCUUAUUGGUAUUCACUUUAUGAACAAUCGUGGUAAUGAACAAAACCAAUUUGAGUCCUAAUUGUAUAUUUUAAAUUGAAUUGUGUCCCUUCUAACAGCAGUAUAGAUCCAGCAGAUCUACAAAAGUAGACACUAAAAUACAAGAGCUUCUGCACUAAGGUUAAUAAGCAUUAGAGGAGAAUGUGAUUGUUUAAAGAGUGUUAAUUCUGUCUGCAAGCCUGGAUGUUAUCACUGCGUUAGAGCUCUUCUGUGAGAAACAGUCCCCAGACUGCAUUACAACAAUCCUGCUGGAGAAUGUCAGUGACUAAAUUUCAAGUAAAUUAGAGUCAUAGGAUCAUUAUAGUUGGAAAAGACCUUUAAAAUCAUGAAGUCUAAGCACUAACCUCACAUUACCAAGCGCAUCACUAAACUAAAGCAUAUCCCUCAGCACCUCGUCUACACAUCUUUUGAAUAUCUCCAGGGAUGGUAACUCUGUCACCUCUCUGGGCAGCCCAUUCCAAUGCUUAAUAACCGUCUUGGUGAAAAAGUUCUUCCUAAUGUCCAAUCUGAACCUGCCCUGGCACAACUUGAGCCCAUUUGCCAAUUAAUGGCUUUGAUGAAAGCCUCAGAUUUUGAUAGUGGGCCCUCAGCUCUAACAACCAGGUUCAAGCCUGUGUGCAGAAAGGAGGAGUCUAAGUAGGGAAUCUGGUGCUGAGCUCAAUAUUUGAGGGAGGGACAUUUGAAUAUUUGCUCUUCUUUGGAAGAUAAAAAUAUUCACAAGAUAAAAGCAUUUCCAAGACUUAGCAGAGACUGUGUUGAACUCAUUACAUACUUUGAUACCACGAAGUACUGCUUUACUAGCAGGGUCACAGGUAGACACAGUGUUUUCUGUGGAUUAGAGUUCCUCAUAGAUAAUAUGAAUUCAUUUUGCCUCAGGCGUGGUUUGUGUCUGUUGUGUUGUGAGAGCUGGAUCUGCAGUGUAAACUGCAAACAGAAUGAAAUCUAAAUUGCAAAUACUAGUCAGCUUUUAACUCUUUCCAGUCUUUCAGGUAUGAUUUUUAAAUAUAGUGUUCU